AGCUCAAAACCUCACUUCGUUUUCUCUCCUUUUCUUUUGCCAAACCCCAGAAACCGUUUCUAGGGUUUCUCAAAACCCAAACCAAACUCUUCCAAUUUCACUCACAGAUUCCCCAAAGUUCUAUAAUUUGCACAACGACGUCGUUUUAGCGGUAAGUUACUUGCCAAAGUUUGAUCCUUUUGUUCGAUUGGGAUUGUUUAGCCGGUGUAGCUGUAGCUAAUUGGAGCUGUUGGGGGAUUGGUUUUAGGGUUAAAACUUGGGGUUUGUUUGAAUUGAUGUAAUGGGCUUUCGGAUAUUUCGAUUUUGAAGGUGUGUAGUGUGAGUUUUAAGGGUAUUUGGUGGUCUAUUGAUUGGUGGAUUGGGUGGGGUGAAUAGGCAUUGGUAAGGUAGUAAGAUAUGAGUAGUGUAUUUAGUGAACAGAAACUUGCAGAUAAGCUCUCCAAGCUCAACAGCACCCAGCAGUGUAUCGAAACUCUGUCAAACUGGUGUAUAUCUCAUCGGAGCAAAGCAGAAUUGGUUGUUACGGCAUGGGAGAAACAGUUCCACAGUGCAAAGAUGGUGCAAAGAGUCCCUCUUUUGUAUCUUGCUAAUGACAUCUUACAGAACAGCAGGCGUAAGGGAAAUGAAUUUGUUACUGCGUUUUGGAAGGUUCUUCCAGGAGCGCUUAAAGUUAUUAAUGAAGAAGGUGAUGACCAAGGAAAAAAUGUCGUCUCUAGAUUGGUUGGGAUAUGGGAGGAAAGGAGAGUAUUUGGGUCUCGCACAAAAAGCCUCAAAGAGCUAAUGCUUGGGGACGAAGUGCCUCCACCAUUGGAGUUAAGUGGUAAAAAGCGGUUGCGUACAGUCAAAGUUUUGAAAAGAGAAUCACCCUCUAUCAGAACGAAACUGUCCACUGGAGUUGCAGCGGAGAAGAUUGUAUCGGCAUUUAACUCGGUGAUCAGUGAAAAUCCAAAUGAAGAUGCUGAGAUGAGUAAAUGCAAGUCUGCGGUUCACCAAGUAAGGAAGUUGGAGAAAGAUGUUGACAAUGCCUGUACUACUGCAAAGGAUCCAAGACGGAAAAGUUUAGCUAAAGAACUCAAAGAGGAAGAAAAUGUUUUGAAGCAGUGUUUUGAAAAACUUAAAUCAGUUGAAGCCAGUAGAGUAGCACUUGUAUCUCAACUAAGAGAAGCUUUGCAUGAACAGGAAUCUGAAUUGGAGAAAGUUCGAACUCAUAUGCAGGAGGCACAAGCACAGGCAGAAGAAGCCAGCAACAUGCGGAAACGCCUAAAUGAUGAAGAUUAUAUAUUUAAACCAUCAAGUGCUGAUAUGAAUUCCAAAGGAGGACAAACACCUGAGAUGUCAGCUGCAGCCAUCGCAGCUUUGGUUGCAGACAAGCUUGCUGCAUCUAGUUCCUCUCAAUUUAUUAUGACUUCUGUCCUUUCUAGUUUUGCUGCUGAAGAGGCAAAAAAUGCCGGCCUGAUCAAGCCCUCCACCUCUUCCACACCAAAGGGUUCUGGCACUGAUUCAAUGUCUAAACCUGAAAGGUCCACUCCAGCUUCAGAUCCAGUUGUUUUCAUGUCAACACAGCCAACUGCUGUGCCUCCAAAUCACGCAUACCAGUCAGCAAUGGUUCCGCAACAGCAGAAUCAUGUCCCAACCUCACAACCUCAGUUUCAUAUGCUUCAACACCCCUCGCAACAAUAUUUACAGCCAUCAGGUGGUGUCAUGGGCCAAUAUGGUUACGGGAAUAUUCCACCUUUGCCUCAAGGACCCCCGCCACAUAUGGUAAAUCCUAUGGUGCAUUUGUCUCAGCAGCCCUUGCAAAUGAGCCAGCAACCAUCACCAAUCACGCAGCAGCAACAGAUAAAUUAUGGUCGAUAGUUUAUUUUUAUUUGUUAAUUUGACUACUUAAACAUUAUGGUCGAUAAUGACAUAGAGCGGGAUGAUAUACCAGUAUGACUGAAUUUCUA